GGGGAGCCACCAGGAAGGUAAUAUUGAAGAAGAAAAAAGGAAAUUCAAAAAAAAAAAAAAAAAAAAAAAAGGGGAAAGAAAAAGUUAAUUUGUCAAGUUUUUACAGCUCUGAGAAAACGAAUACGAACCCAAUUAGAAAAGAGAGAGAGAGAGAGAGAGAGAGAGAGAGAGAGAGCCUCACUGUCAUGCACUUUGGCGCUACUCGUCGGAAAUUGCAAAAAGUAAGAGUUCGUAAAAGUGCUUCUUCUCUCUUCUCAUUUGUGCAUUUUCUUUAUUAGGGUUUUUUUUUGGAAAAAUAUUUUUUUUUCUCUUUGUUUCGAAUCCACUAAAGCUGAUCCAGAAUCCCCACUUGCUUUCGACUCGCUCGGUCUGACUCGAUCUAUGUACAAUUCAAAGAAGUUGAAUGGCGUCUUCAUCGUCGGUGAAUAACAGUCGCAUUGAAAAUUUGAUAGCUGCAAGCAAGUCGCUGAGACUUAGCUUAGAGAAAUCUAAGGCUCUAGGGUUAGCUCUUGAAAGAGCAGGACCGAGAUUCGAAGAGAUUAACCAGAGAUUGCCUUCCCUUGAAGCUGCUGUCAGACCCAUUCGAGCUGAUAAGGAAGCUCUUGUUGCCGUUGGUGGUCAUAUUAACCGUGCUGUUGGCCCAGCAGCAGCUGUGCUUAAGGUGUUUGAUGCAGUUCAUGGGCUCGAAAAGUCUCUGUUAUCGGAUCCGCGGAAUGAUCUUCCUGGCUAUUUAUCGGUGUUGAAACGUCUGGAAGAGGCUUUGAGGUUUUUGGGUGAUAACUGUGGAUUGGCUAUUCAGUGGUUGGAGGAUAUAGUGGAGUACUUGGAGGAUAAUGCGGUUGCGGAUAACCGGUACCUUUCAAAUCUAAAGAAGUCGCUGAAAAAUCUUAGAGAAUUGCAAAACGAUGAGGAGAGGGCCCGGCUCGAUGGUGGCCUUCUAGAAGCCGCAUUGGACAAAUUAGAAAAUGAGUUCCGCCAACUCCUCAUUGAACAUAGCGUGCCACUUCCUAUGUCAUCGUCAAUUGGAGAGCAAGCCUGCAUUGCACCAUCACCAUUGCCUGUUACUGUCAUUCAGAAAUUGCAGGCAAUUCUUGGGAGGUUGAUCGCUAAUAAUAGGCUAGAGAAGUGCAUAUCUAUUUAUGUCGAAGUUAGGAGUUCAAAUGUUAGGGCUAGUUUGCAGGCUCUUGAUUUGGAUUAUCUUGAAAUAUCUAUUUCAGAGUUUAAUGACGUCCAGAGCAUAGAAGGCUAUAUAGAGAAAUGGGGAAAGCAUUUGGAGUUUGCAGUGAAACACUUGUUUGAGGUGGAGUAUAAGCUCUGUAACGAUGUUUUUGAGAGGAUUGGAUUGGAUGUAUGGAUGGGUUGCUUUGCAAAGAUAGCUGCUCAAGCUGGUAUUCUUGCAUUUCUUCAAUUUGGGAAGACUGUUACGGAAAGUAAGAAAGACCCUGUAAAGCUUCUGAAGUUGUUGGAUAUAUUUGCAUCCUUGAACAGGUUGAGGCUGGACUUCAACCGGCUUUUUGGUGGAGCAGCAUGCAUUGAAAUCCAAAACCUAACAAGGGAUCUCAUCAAGAGGGUAAUUGAUGGAGCAGCCGAGAUUUUCGGGGAGCUUCUGGUUCAGGUGGAGUUACAAAGGCAGACUCCGCCUCCUCAAGAUGGGGGAGUACCAAGAUUGGUGAGCAUCCUUACGGAUUAUUGUAAUAAACUGCUUGGUGAUAAUUAUAAGCCCGUCCUAACCCAGGUUCUGGUCAUUCAUCGAAGUUGGAAACAUAAAAACUUUCAAGAGAGGCUCCUUAUCAAUGAGGUUUUGAAGAUAGUUAAAGCCAUUGAAAUAAAUUUAGAGACUUGGAUGAAGGCUUAUGAGGACACCGCCCUAUCUUCCUUCUUUGCAAUGAACAAUCAUUGGCACUUGUUCAAGCACCUAAGGGGAACUAAACUUGGGGAUCUUUUGGGAGAUUCUUGGUUAAGAGAACAUGAACAGUACAAGGACUAUUAUGCUGCAAUCUUUUUGAAAGAGAGCUGGGGUAAGCUUCCUAGUCAUUUAAGUCGGGAGGGCCUCAUUCUUUUCUCAGGUGGGCGAGCUACUGCACGUGAUCUUGUCAAGAAAAGGCUGAAAAAGUUCAAUGAAUCUUUUGAUGAAAUGUAUACGAAGCAGUCUAUGUGGGUUGUCUUGGAGAAAGAUCUGAGAGAGAAGACAUGCCAGCUUAUAGUGCAGGCAGUUGUUCCUGUUUAUCGAAGCUACAUGCAGAACUAUGGGCCCUUGGUUGAGCAAGAUUCAAGUUCCGGCAAGUAUGCAAAAUAUUCAGUGCAGACUUUGGAAAACAUGAUCAUGUCUCUUUUUCAGCCAAAGCCAGGGAGAUAUGGCAGCUUCAAAGGUAGGUCACCUGCUGGAAAGUUCAAUAAUGGUGUGCCAGAUCAUCGUCGAACUGCCUCAGCAGUUGUGUGAUUAUCUUACCUUUUUUCUUGAGGAGCCACAUGCCAGAAUUAACCCUCUUGGGUGGUUAGUCUUUCACCCUGUAUAUAUCUACAUCCUCAGGGGCCUGAAACUAUUACAUAUUAGUUGUCUUCUUAUGGUUUUUGGGCCAUGAAGUUCUUCUCUUAAGUAUUGUCAUCUACACAUGUGGCUUCUUCAUGAGGUGGAAAUUUUGAAAACUGUGGCUGAAUGUCAUGAAGAUUGAAUCCACUGCCUUGAUAAUUGUGCAAAAUGAUGGGGUCCCUUAGACUUUCAUUGCAUAAAUUGCAAGCGAGUAUAUGACCCAAAGUUCGUAUAUUAAUAUAUUCAGAUAUAGUUAUCAAUUUUUCUUUCAUGUCAACUCAAUGAUUCAGUUGCUAGAUAGGAAGCAGGAAAAACCUUAUAGCUUGCCAGAUUUAAUGUACAAUUCUUUGAUAUAAAGUGCAUCAAGAGGUCUAGCUGUGAUUGAAGUAUUUACUUGUUAGAAAUUUCAAGAAGGUAUUGGUAUCUAGGGCUGGGGCCUUAAUUAGAUCCUUGUUCUUGUUCUAAAUGGCUGACAUUUUUAAGAUCUUACAGAUGUAUUACAGCUAUGUGUAUUGAAAUUCUGGUGACAAAUAAAUUAUCUAUUAAAUUUUGGUCCUUUAA